AGGGAGCCCAGCAGCCACUUGGGCUGGGACCAGUGGAGGGCUUCAGCACAGCCCAAGCCAUCUUUCACCAAAGAGCUGGAGCACUGAGUCCCCUGGGUGCUGGUGUCCAAUCAUGAAACGCCACUUCACGGAGCACAGGGUAGAACAGUCACCCACAGAUGGCACCAGUCUCAGCCUGGCCAGCCCGGAGUCUAUGGAAGAGGGCACGGAAGUGUGCUGGUCAGGGGCCAUAAAGAGAGAGCAGACAUCUCCACGGCCUGGACCAGCCGUUCCCCAUGAGGAUGACGUCUACUUGGCCAACAAGGCUCGGGCAAUGCUAAGCUGGAGCAGCUCUCUGUCCUCCCAGUCCUCCUCCGAGUACCAGUCCUACUCCCAGUACCAGUCUUGUUACUCCUGCGCAUACGAUGACGAGGAUGCCGCCCAGCAGAGCGUGUGCGCCUUCUACACCCACGUGCAGACCGUGCAGGGCGUGGCUGUGGCCUGGGAGACCGAGACGGGCUUCGAGCCUGUCAGCAGGAAACCCCGCAUCCAUGAAGCUGAGUUCAUCAAGAGGCAGAGGAGGAAAGGCUCCUCCUUCGAGAUGGCUUCCAACACCGACCUGCGCUGGGAACUGGAAGCCAGCAAGAACAACUGCUGCCCAGAGGAGGAUGACCCAGAGCUGCUGGGGUCCCUCGAGUGCUGCCUGCAGGAGCUGCGGGACACCCCAGACUGGCUGGUCACCACGAACUAUGGGCUGCGCUGCGUGGCCUGCUGUCGGGUCUUCCCCACGUUGGAGGCUCUGCUCAAGCACGCCCAGUAUGGCAUCCAGGAGGGCUUCAGCUGCCAGAUCUUUUUCGAGGAGAUGCUGGAGAGAAGGCGGGCCCGGGGCCAAGUUCAGGAGCAACAGCUGGAGGAGGAGGAACAGAGCCCUUCGGAAGGCAGUGAAUGUUCCAGGCCGCAUGCCAGGGUGCUUCCCUUGCGGCAGCAGAAGGAGUGAGCUGGAGGUGAUGGGCCCAGUCCUGCCCUCACCUCCGGCACCUCGGUUGCUCCUUCCCCUGUCAGCAGGACCGGAACUACAGGUGCCGGGGGAUGAAAGCCAGCAGGAGCUAGAACUGGGCGGCCAUGACAAGGGAAGGGGAAGAUCCCCUCCAAAGGGCACAGCAUUUCAACCAGAGUCCAUUUCAAACCUGAAUCCAAAAACGUGGGCUUCAAAUGUUUCUGACCACGGGCACGAGAUCUGAAGCCCGCAAGCCUGUGGCUACAGGGAUUUCUAUUUUUGUUGGUAAAUCAAGCAGGUCAUGACUCACAGGAGAGCCAACUGCAGAUGAAGCGUCAGCCCUAUAUUUUUCAUUGUUAGGAACCCGCCAUAUGCCCUAGUUAUGUCUUAUUUUAGUGGGAUUAAACUUGAGUAACUCAGAAUUUAAGGCCAUGUCUAAAGGAGUG